ACCUCCGCGUGGCACUGGAGGAGUUCAUCUGUAGCGCCGCCCACCUGCUAGCCCGGCUGGAGGAGCUGCAGCGAGGACGUGUGUAAGCGGGGCUUCACGGUCAUCAUGGAUAUGCGGGGGUCCCGCUGGGAGCUGAUCAAGCCGCUGCUGAAGACCCUGCAGGAGGCUUGCUCCCAGAUAUGCGUGGCACUCAUCAUCAAACCAGACAACUUCUGGCAGAAGCAGAAGACCAACUUUGGCAGCUCCAAGUUCUCCUUUGAGACCAGCCUGGUGUCGGUGGAGGGGCUGGCUAAGCUGGUGGACCCAUCCCAGCUGACGGAGGACUUCGAGGGCUCACUGGACUACAACCACGACGAAUGGAUGGACCUCCGCGUGGCACUGGAGGAGUUCAUCUGUAGCGCCGCCCACCUGCUAGCCCGGCUGGAGGAGCUGCAGGAGCUCCUGUGUAAGAAGGACUUCCCGCUGGACGUAGAAGGAUCUCGGCGCCUCAUCGAGGAUCACACCCUGCUCAGGAAGAAGGUCCUGAAGGCUCCGGUGGAGGAGUUGGACCAGGAGGGCCAGCGUCUCCUCCAGUGUAUCCGCUCCAGUGAUGGCUUCUCUGGGAGGAACUGCAUCUCUGGCUCGGCUGACUUCCAGAGCCUGGUUCCCAAGGUGGCCAGUCUGCUGGAUAAGCUCCACUCCACCCGCCAGCACCUCCACCAGAGCUGGAGCUCCAGGAAGCUCAAGCUGGACCAGUGCUUCCAGCUCCGCCUCUAUGAGCAGGAUGCAGAGAAGAUGUUUGACUGGGUCAGCCACAACAAGGAGGUGUUCCUGCAGAACCACACAGAGAUUGGCGUGGGCUACCAGCACGCCGUGGAGCUCCUGACCCAGCACAACCACUUCGCUAUGAACUCCAUGAAUGCCUACGUGAACAUCAACCGCAUCAUGUCCGUGGGGGGCCGGCUGGUGGAGGGAGGGCACUACGCCGCGCUGCAGGUCAAGCAGAUCUCCUCCCAGCUAGACCAGGACUGGAAGAGCUUCGCCGCCGCGCUGGAUGAGCGCUCCACCCUCCUGGCCAUGUCCUCUGUCUUCCACCAGAAGGCAGAGCAGUUCCUAUCUGCGGUGGAGUCCUGGAGUAAGGUUUGUAGUGAGGGAGGUCUGCCCUCGGCCAUGCAGGAGCUGGAGCUAGCUAUCCACCACCACCAGGGCCUCUACGAGCAAGUCACCCAGGCCUACAGCGAGGUGAGCCAGGAUGGUAAAGCCCUGCUGGACGUCCUCCAGAGGCCUUUGGGUCCAGGGAACUCGGAGUCCAUGACCGCAACGGCCAACUACUCCAAGGCAGUCCACUGUAUCCUGGACGUGGUGCAUGAGAUUCUUCACCACCAGAGGAGGCUGGAGAACAUCUGGCAGCACCGCAAGGUCCGCCUGCACCAGAGGCUCCAGCUGUGUGUGUUCCAGCAGGACGUCCAGCAGGUGAUGGACUGGAUCGAGCACCAUGGGGAGGUGUUCCUCAGUAAACACACAGGGGUGGGGAAGUCUCUGCACCGUGCCCGCGCCCUGCAGAAGAGACACGACGACUUUGAGGACGUGGCCCAGAACACCUACACCAAUGCAGACAAACUGCUGGAGGCGGCGGAGCAGCUGGCCCAGACGGGCGAGUGCGACCCGGAGGAGAUCUACAAGGCGGCCCGCCACCUGGAGGUCACCAUCCAGGACUUUGUCCGCCGCGUGGAGCAACGCAAGCUGCUACUGGACCUGUCUGUCACCUUCCACACACACACCAAGGAGCUGUGGAGUUGGAUGGAAGAGCUGCAGAAGGAGCUCCUGGAGGAGGUGCAGAGUGAGGUGGUGGAGGAGGUGCAGCUGAUGGUGCAGCAGUUCCAGCAGCAGCAGAGCUCCACGCUGGACGCUACGCUCAACGUCAUCAAGGAGGGGGAGGGGCUGAUGCAGCAGCUCAGGGAUGCAGCCAUUUGCACCAGUAGGACGCCCCACUGCAGUUCCAUCGCCCACAUCCAGGGAGUGCUGCAGCAGCUUGAUGAGGCCCAGGCCCAAAUGGAGGAACUGUUCCAUGAACGCAAGAUCAAGCUAGAUGUCUUCUUGCAGCUACGCAUCCUACAGCAGUACACCCUGGAGGUGACAGCAGAGCUGGAUGCGUGGAAGGAGGACCUGUCCCGGCAGGCGGGCGACGCUGGUUGCCCAGCGGGGGGCGGGAUGUCUGCAGGGGUCGUGGCCGACGACGUGGGCGUGGCCGAGCAGCGUCUGAAGAGACUCACGGAGAGGAAGACGGCCAUGAAGCACAUGACCUACGAGGUCCUUCAGCAGGGACAGGACCUGCACCAGUACAUAAUGGAGGUCCAGGCCUCAGGUAUGGAGCUGACUAGUGAGAAGGAGCCCGACCUGGCCUCUCAGGUGCAGGAGCUGCUGGAGUUCCUCCACGAGAGGCAGCAGGAAGUGGAGCUCAGCGCCGAGAUCAGCCAUGCCCGCCUGGAGCAGCACCUGCAGCUCACUCACCUACAGGCGGAGGUCCAACAGGUAUUGGGAUGGAUCCGUAACGGGGAGUCCAUGAUGAACGCCAGCCUGGUGAACGCCAGCUCUCUGUCUGAGGCAGAGCAGCUGCAGAGAGAACAUGAACACUUUCAGAUGGCUAUAGAGUCCCUGUUCCAUGCCAAUUCCCUCCAGAAGACCCAUCAGAGUGCCCUGCAGGUCCAGCAGAAGGCUGAGGUCCUCCUGAAGGCGGGGCACUAUGACCCUGAGGCCCUCCGUGUGUGUGCAGAGGAGGUGGCGGUCAACUGGCAGCAGUUGAUGCUGAAGAUGGAGGACCGCCUGAAGCUAGUCAACGCAUCAGUGGCCUUCUACAAGACCUCUGAACAGGUUUGCAGUGUGUUAGAGAGUCUAGAGCAGGAGUAUCGAAGAGAUGAGGACUGGUGUUCGGGUCACGACAAGGUCAACUCUGUUGCCGAGGGCGACCAGCUUCUCCCCCUCAUCAGCAAACACCUGGAGCAGAAGGAGGCCUUCCUCAAGGCAUGUACCCUGGCCAGGAGGAACGCGGAGGUGUUCCUGAAGUACAUCCACAGGAACAACUUUACUCUUCCAGGGGGAACCCCUCACACCAGAGCCCCUGAACAGCAGGUCAAAGCUAUCCUAAACGAGCUGCUCCAGAGGGAGAACAGAGUUCUUCACUUCUGGACCUUGAAGAAACGCCGGCUGGACCAGUGCCAGCAGUACCUGGUGUUCUUACACAGCGCCAAGCAGGCUCUAGACUGGAUCCAGCAGACAGGGGAGGGGUAUCUCUCAACUCCCAGACCAUCUGAGGAUCUACAGGAACACCAGCAGUUCUCCCUGUUGGCCAAGCGGACCCGGGACCAGGUGGAGGUGCUUGUGCGGCUUGCGGACGGGCUGGUGGAGCAGGGCCAUGCCCACUCCACCGAGCUGCGACGCUGGGUCUCGUCUCUGGACCGCCGCUAUCGGGACUUCAGCCUCCGCCUGGGCCAGUACCGGGUGGACCUGUACCGAGACCGGGGCCUCGAGCCACAGGACAACAAGGACCUAGAGUUGGACAUCAUCCCUGCCAGUCUUGCUGAUGACCCGGAAGUUAAACUCCGCGACCCGAACCAUGAGAUCAACGAGGAGAAGAGGAAAUCCGCCCGGAAAAAAGAGUUCAUCAUGACUGAGCUGCUCCAGACAGAGAAGGCCUACGUCAGAGAUCUUCAUGAGUGUCUGGAGACCUACCUAUGGGAGAUGACCAGUGGAGUGGAGGAGGUUCCAGCUGGGAUUGUGAAGAAGGAGCUGGUCAUAUUUGGAAAUAUCCAGGACAUCUAUGAGUUCCAUAACAAUAUCUUUCUGAAUGAGUUAGUAAACUACGAACAGCUACCAGAAGAUGUUGGACACUGCUUCGUCACCUGGGCGGAUAAGUUCCACAUGUAUGUGAAGUACUGUAAGAACAAGCCGGACUCCAACCAGGUCAUCCUGGAGAACGCAGGAACCUUCUUUGAUGAGAUUCAACAGAGACACGGGCUGGCCAACUCCAUCUCCUCUUACCUCAUCAAACCCGUCCAGCGCAUCACUAAAUACCAGCUGCUGCUCAAGGAGCUGUUAUCCUGCUGUGAGGAGGGUAAGGGGGAGAUGAAGGAGGGUCUAGAGGUGAUGCUGGGUGUUCCUAAGAGAGCCAAUGAUGCUAUGCACGUCGCCAUGCUGGAAGGGUUUGAGGAGAACCUGGAUGUGCAGGGGGAGUUAAUAGUACAGGACAGCUUCCAGGUGUGGGAUCCUAAGUCUCUGAUCAGGAAGGGACGGGACCGUCGUCUCUUCCUGUUUGAGAUGUGUCUGAUCUUCAGUAAGGAGAUCAGAGACUCUGCUGGCCGGACCAAGUACCAGUUCAAACAGAAACUACAGACCUCAGAGCUGGGUGUGACUGAGCACAUUGAGGGAGACCCCCUCAAACUGGCUCUCUGGGCCGGACGGACCCCCUCCUCCGACAAUAAAAUCGUCCUUAAGGCCAGCAGUGUGGAGGUGAAGCAGGAGUGGAUAAAGAGUGUGAGAGAGGUGAUCCAGGACCGCAUGACCCACCUGAAGGGGGCACUGAAGGAGCCGCUCCACCUGCCAAAGGCCCCCGCCCUCAGCAAGCCUCGGAGGAGGGAGGUGCUGGAGGACGGGGACAGCCAGAGAGAGGGCAGCAGCCAGCCGGACUCUGUCUCCAUCGCCUCCCAGAACACCGUAGACAGCGACAAGCUCUCAGGGGGAUGUGAGUUGACUGUGGUUCGCCAAGACUUUACCGCUGGCUGCAGUUCAGAGUUGACCAUCAGUUCAGGUCAGACAGUGGAGCUGGUAGAGAAACCCAUUGAGAGACCGGGCUGGUACCUGGUCCGGACCACCGACCGGACCCCUCCCCAGGAGGGCUUGGUCCCCAGCACCGCACUCUGUGUGUCCCACUCCCGCUCCAGCGUCGAGAUGGACUGCAUCUUCAGCUCCGGGAGAGAGAACUAUGUGGUGAGCGGUUCAGAGGCGAAGAGCGACUCGGUGGCCCACCUUCAGGCCAGCCAGAGCUCCCUGCCGGUGCCCUCUCCGGGGCCCAAGCGCUCGGCAAACACUCUGAGGAAGUGGCUGAGCAGCCCGGUGCGGCGCCUAAGCCAGGGCAGCACUGUCAAGAAGCCCGCCAGCGGCAAGAACAAGAAUACCUCUCGGGAGGAGGACAGGAAGAGCAUCGACCUGGGUCAAGCUGAUCUCGCCCACCAGGAUGAGGUCACAGAAGAGAGAGCAGACCGGAAGGAGGGCACUCUGGUCAAGUCCUCCUCUGGGAUGCAGAGCGGCGGAGAGGAGGAGCAGGAUGAGGAGACUCACACACCGCUGCCCCCGCCCAUGAAGAUCAUCAACGACCCAACCACCCAGGACGACAAGAGUCUGGACCCAGGCUCGUACCCGGGUUUCUGCUCCCACGACCCCCCGGACCAGAGCCCCCCGGUCCCCAGGAACCUGGAGGAGGAGCAGCGGGCCAGGGCCCUCAGAGGACGCAUGUUUGUUCUUAACGAGCUGGUCCAGACAGAGAAGGACUAUGUCAAGGACCUGGGGAUCGUGGUGGAGGGCUUUAUGAAGACCAUGGAAGAGACCGUCGUCCCGGAAGACAUGAAAGGGAAGGACAAGAUGGUCUUCGGGAACAUCCACCAGAUCUACGACUGGCACAGAGAUUUCUUUGUAGGAGAGCUGGAGAAAUGUCUGGAGGACCAUCAGCUACUGCCCCAGCUCUUCAUCAAGCAUGCUCGGAGGCUACACAUGUACGUGGUGUACUGUCAGAACAAACCCAAGUCAGAGUUUAUCGUGGCGGAGUACGAUAAAUACUUUGAUGGUAUACAGCAGGUCCUCCAGUCCAGAUUGUCAAUCAGUGAUUUUCUCAUCAAACCAAUUCAGAGAAUCACCAAAUACCAGCUGCUGCUGAAGGACUUCCUGAAGUACAGCUCCAAGGCAGGAAUAGACUGUGAACAGAUUGAGAAAGCAGUGGACCUGAUGUCCCAGGUUCCUAAGCUGUGCAACGACAUGAUGAACCUGGGCCGGCUGCAGGGCUUUGAGGGUAAACUGACCAGCCAGGGCAAGCUGCUCCAGCAGGAGACGUUCUUUGUGACAGAGCAGGACGGAGGUGUUCUGUCUCGCUCUAAAGAGAGACGAGUGUUCCUCUUUGAACAGAUCGUCAUCUUCAGCGAGCUGCUGAGGAAGGGAUCCUCGACGCCCGGCUACCAGUUUAAGAAGAGUAUCAAGGUAGCGGUGCUGGGGCUGGACGAGGGGGCGGAUAGCGACCCCUGCAGGCUGGUGCUGUGUCACCACGGCUCGGCCGAGCGCUACACGCUGCAGGCUGCCAACACGGAGGUCAAGCAGCUGUGGGUCAAACACAUACAGGAAGUCCUGGAUGCCCAGAGCAACUUCCUGAUCGCUCUGCAGUCUCCCAUUGAGUACCAGAAGGAGCGAGGAGCCGGCAGCAGGACCUCCUCUCUCAACAGGAACCACUCCUCCUUCCACGACUCAAAGACCCAGACCCCCUCCCAGCCGCGCCCUGCAUCCUCCCUGGGCCUCGGCGAGGAGGAACGCCCCCCCGCUGGCUCCAUGGGAGGAGGUGAUAGGAGCUGUAAUGGGGUCUCCUCCACCAUGCUGGUAUCUCAGGACUACUCAGCUCUGAAGGAGAAUGAGAUCAGUGUGGGUCAGGGAGAAACCGUCCAGAUCCUGGCAACCAAUCAACAGAAGAUGUAUCUCGUGUACCGGCCGGCUGACAGCCAAUCGCCUGCUGCUGAGGGCUGGGUGCCGGGUUACGUCCUGGCUCCGCCUACCAAGCCCAUAAAAGACUCCUCCUCCACUUCCUGUUUCUCUGCUGCAGCUGGGGCAAACAACAUCAAGAAGUCUCUGUCAUGGAACACGCUUCGCUCCCGGAAAGGCAAAGGUCAGGAGAACGGUCUCCUGCGUAAACCCAAAGACACGCCCCCCCCGCUCCCCCCUUCCCCUCAGGGGGACAAAGAGGCUCACAGUUCUGAGGAGUCAGACUGUGAUGACGACCCCAAGACCGGGAUGGAGCUCCUCAACCCAAACUUUAUCCAGGAAGUGGCCCCCGAGGUGCUGGCCCCGCUCGAGGACAGGGUGUGUGUUUUCGGGGAGACGGGGGUCCUGCGCUGUAAAAUCAGCGGGCGACCGAGGCCCUCGAUUGCCCUAAAAGGACCAGACCAGAACCCUGUGGUCAACACCGACCGCCUAACCAUCACAAUCAGGGAUACUGGAGACAUUUUGCUAAAGAUCUGUAAUGUGAUGCCUCAGGACACUGGGAUCUACACAUGCGUUGCCGUUAACGACCUUGGCUCUGCCUCCACCUCUGCUUCAAUCAAAGUUCAAGGUGUUCCAGCUGCUCCUGGUAAACCUGUGGUUCAGGAGGUCAGCAGUACGUCCGUCAUGGUCCACUGGGACACGCCCACUUCCUCCACCCCCGCCAACGUCAGCUACACCCUUGACUACCGCCAGGAAGACUCCCUUGCCUGGCAGCAGGCGGCCUCCACGGGAGACUUGUGUGUGCAGGUGGAUGGCCUCAUCCCAGGGGGCCACUACCUGUUCAGGGUCCGAGCCUCCAGCCCCUGGGGGGCAGGCACCCCCUCCCCCACCUCAGACACCAUCACCCUGCCCUGCAACACCAACUCCAGCUUGGAUGGGACCGGGUUCCUCUGGAAAGACAACUUCGACACCAGCUUCUCUGAGAUCUGUGAGCUUGGAAGGGGGCGCUUCUCAGUGGUGAAGAAAUGUCUGAGCAGAACGUCCAAGAAAGAGGUUGCAGUGAAGAUCGUGAGCAAGAAGAUGCAGAAGAGGGAGCAGAUGGCUCAGGAGGCGGACCUCCUCCAGCACGCCCAGAACCCCCAGCUGGUGGCCCUGCUGGAUACCUACGAGACCCCCUCCUCCCUCAUCCUGGUCUUGGAGCUCUUGGAAGGAGGCCGUCUCUUUGACUACCUGGCCUCCCAUGAUGCUCUUCUGGAGGAGAAGGUGGCCUUCUUCAUCAAAGACACCCUGGAGGCCCUCCAGCACCUGCACACCUGCAGGGUGGCACACCUGGAUUUGAAGCCAGAGAACAUCAUGUUGGACGUUCACUCCGUCGUCCCGGCCGUGAAGCUCAUUGACCUCGGUGACGCCGUCCAGCUCUCCGCCAACCGCCGCUAUGUCCAUCUGCUGCUAGGCAACCCUGAGUUCGCUGCCCCCGAGCUGGUCCAGGGCUUGCCGGUCUCCACGGCGACAGAUGUGUGGAGCGUGGGCGUGCUGGCGUACGUAGCGCUGAGCGGCGUCUCACCCUUCCUGGAUGAGUCCCCUGAGGAGACCUGCGUCAACAUCUGCCGCCGGGACUUCUGCUUCCCAGACCAGUACUUCCUGGACGUGAGCCAGGCUGCGAGGGACUUUAUCUCCGCCGCUCUGCACCUGGACCCUCGCAAGAGACCCAGCACCACCUCCUGCCUGCAGCACCCCUGGGUGGGCCGGGGCGGGGCACACGGCAGGGAGUACUCCAGGAUGCCGCUGGAUACGGGCCGGCUGACGGCCUUCAUCGACCGGAGACGACAGCUCCACGACGUCCGAGCCAUCACUAACAUCAAGAGUCUGGUCGGCACGGGCCUCGGAAGCACACUGUGAUGCACCCAUGGACACACCUGAACCAGCCGGACACACCUGGACAUGAUCGACACACCUGGACCAGCUGGACACACUUGGACCAGCUGGACACACCUGGUCCCUAAAGGACCUCCAAACACUCCAGUACCACCAGGAAACUCCAGGGUCCCAACAGAAACCUCAACUAAACACUUUGUCACACACUUUGUCAUCUUUCUGCUGAAACUGUUGCCUCGGUGACCAACAAUAGGUUAGCAUGCUGACCUCCAGGUACACUCUGGCAGAACAGUCUAUGGUGACACCACUCUAGUUAUCCAGGGGAACUGCAGCAGGAGAAGGGUUUGGAGCUGCUGUGUCAGGGGAUACUGGAGCAGCUCAAAGACACUGUGAGUGAAGUGAGGACAAGCUCUGCAAAACACACUGUGAGGAAGUCAGCUGCGGCACUCAGCUUCCAGAGUUUAAUUUAGGGGAGACACAGCCUCUGUCUGAUUCCUGCAGGGAGCCUCGAAAUCAUCAUACCGAGUCAUCAUGGUGAAAUAAUACUUCCCCACUACCCUCUAGCAUGGUACCAUCCACCAUCAGAGACACACUUUGAUCUGGGACAACUUUAGAUUUACCGAUACUGCACGAUUUACCGUGCAGUAGAAGGUAAUUUGAACAAACCCGAGGUAAAUGUUAAACAUUCAGCCAUCCUACCAUCCAUCCAUCUCUCUCCUCCACCAUUUAUUCAUGUAGGGGGGGAUACAAGGUGGCAAAUAGAAUCGCUCAGCUUUCUUUUACCCUGGCAACCUCCUCAACCUCCGUCCCUGCUGAGAAGAGUCAUUUGUUCUCAAAUCUCUUUCAUUGGUCACUCCCACAUCCCUAUAUGAACCACAAGGAGACUGGAACAGCUGAUCUGACAUCUGCUGGGCUGAGGGAUGAACUCGGCUGGACUCACUCAACAAAAUACUCCUUAUCAAUGUCCUCAAUUGAAUGGUUCAGUCCAUAAUGUGAGCAGGAGGAGAUAUCUUUCAGAGACCUUGAUGUAUAUUCUCGGACAGAGCAUGGAGUUACGUCUCUCACGCCUUACAUCUGCUAGAAUCAGGUAGAGAGGAAACGUCCAUUACUGGACGAGGGGAGGUGUUCAAGUCGAUCGAAACACACUGUUGUAGUCUGUUCUUCAAACACUAACCUGUCCUGUUGGAGGUAGGGUGACUGACCCUGUGGGGUAGUGAGUUACAGGUAGUCCAACUGCAGGUUUUGUUCAUACUGUUGAAUGUAAAAUAUAUUGUGUUCUGAUAUAUCCGAGGUCUCUUGUGGCCUACAUCUCAAUGCAUUUGAGUGUAUUCAGCGGGUGAUUGUGAAAUACAAAUAUAAGCACGCACUUUUAUUAUAACCAUUUUCCUUAUCGAUGGCAAUUUUAAUAUUCAGCCGUUACAUUAUCUAUAAUCUGUUAUUUUAGUAUAAAAUCAUCAGGGGCGGGCCGUACUAUUAGGCAAACCAGAAGGCCCCCUAGAAGGUUUUUGGGGCCCCCAAUUUUUAUUUUUUUUUACCUUUAUUUUUCCCGUUAAAACAUUAAGAACAGUUUCUUAUUUACAAUAUUGAUCUGGUCAAGAGGGCCCCAAUGCAUAUAUUUUGUCCCCAUAUUUAUUAUUUUUAUAAAAAUCUCUUCACAAUAGUAGCAUCGGGAUGUCUAAUUAUUACUCAUGUUUUGAUGAUCUUUCCGUGUGCACCCCCCUUCAGUCUGCACUACAUGGACUAUUCCAUGUUACGCGCAUCACGCUCAUCAUGCGUAUGCGGAAAUUAUGUCAAAUUCAAAACAGUAAGCGGUAAGAGAGAGAGAGAGAGAAAUCGAGUGAGACAUAAAUCGAGUGAAACAUGAAGCGAUACGAAAGCGGGUCACAUAAAAAGAAAGACCAAAGGCAGGACUUUCUUUCAAAGCUGCCAAAGCUAUCCAGCUGUUUUACAGCCACCGCAGUGGCAGCGGGACCGUCGGCGGAUCAAGAGCAGCCGUCAACGUCGUUUGCUGUCACGUUACUGCUCCUUUCAUUCCAAGUGGCUCUGGCUCAACCAGCAGCGAUGCUAAUGACGUGUGUCAACAAACUGACGGAGAUGAUGCACAACUGGUAGUGAAUAUUUCUCACUCUCCUUCUUCCACUUUGGUUAUUGAAAUUUAUGACAAUAACGAUAACAAUGACUGCGAGACACAUAUUCCUGUGGAUGACCCAGCACUCUGGCCCAAGCUGCUGUGUCUUGGGCAGGUGCACACAUAUUCUUGUGGAUGACCCAGCACUCUGGCCCAAGGGCCGCAGAUUCACAAAAGCAUACUAUUACAUAGUAAUGAAAAAUGGGGAGAGGGUGAACAGGUCUUGGUUAGUCUACAGUGAAAGUGCAGACCGUGUUUUUUGCUUUUGUUGUUGCCUUUCUGGAAAACAAAAACAACUGAGUGAGGAAGGAUUUAAAGACUAGAAUAACCUUGCAAUGCAUCUAAUCAACCAUGAAAGGUCUGAUGAGCACAGGAAAUAUAGUGAUAGCUGGACGCAGCUAUCAGUGAGUUUCCAGUAGUGGUUUCCAGUAGCUCACAGCAGAUAGCUGCUGUGAGCUCCUGGAAACCCUCAGGUAAAUGAGGACUUAUGGUUAACAGUCAGUGUAAUGUGUCAACAUAACUAAUCUUAUUGUUUUGUAUGUUAUUCUCAAUUUGUAAAUAGAUAAUUAACAUUUGCAUGAAAGAAGGAUAGUGACUUUUGUUCAUCCCUUGUAUGGAGUAUCUCAUUAUGCGAUAUAAGGUACUGAGACCGGUAGAUGCAGGGGCCCCCAAAUGACUGUUCGCCUGGAGCCCCCAAAGGGCUAAGUUCGCCACUGAAAAUCAUUGACACUCAUAUCUAGAAUGUCGUUCAUAAGAAGGAAAUGUUUACAGACUCCAGCUGCUCUAGUUAGUCAGCUAGGUUAGCAUGAUUUAACGUGUAGUGGCUUCACUUGUCCACACAGUACAUCUAUGUCCCAACAGGUUUUACAAUCCAGUCCAAACUGUUUUACAAGACCAGUUGUAAACCAGGUCUUGUAAACCACCUUAUAUAUGGAACUCCUGAAGAAUAAUGGGUUAAGAAUGUUGAAGGAUUUCAAUCGAUUUAUUUAUCGAUUUAUAUUCUAACUUCUAUUUAUGUAUUCUAUUGUGUUUCAUAAUGAUUUGCUUAUUGAAUCAACCUGUCUCUGUCUGUCCAACCACUACCUGCUUCUUAAUGACCUGUCUCUGUACUGUCUAUCCCCUACCUGCUCCUAAAUUACCUGUCUCUGUACUGUCUAAACCCUAACUGCUCCUUAAUGACAGCUAUUGGUUUUAUUGAUCUGAUUCUUAAAAAUGGCCCAUGGUCCAACUUGCAGUACGUUCUUGUAUUAGAAAAUAGAAAGGCAAUACAUUAUACACAAAUUAAAUAACUUCAGUGUUCAUGAUCCCAAUGCAGAGGGUUAUGGUUAAGGUUUGGUUCCGUACUAGAGACAGGUUGGUUGAGAGGCUCGUAGUUCCCGUGCUUAACCAGCACGCAAUGCAGCAUUGCACUGCUAGCGAUGGAUGCCUGAUGAGCCGUGGCCGUGCUGUGUUCGAUCCAUCCACUAAAGGGAGACAGAGUGGUUUGUAAUGCUCAUUAAAGGGGACAUAUUAUGAAUACAACACUUUUCCUGGGAUUUGGGGUGUUGAUUUGGGUCUCUGGUGCUCCCACACACAUACAAACUUUGAAAAAAGUCUGCACAUGAUUUUUUGAGUGAGAUAUGCAUUUCUGAAAUUACCCCUAUACAGUUACCAAACGAACGAGUCCGUUUCGGCACCCCCUCCUACGUAGGAAGGGGGCACAGUGGAAUAUUACCUCCCACUUCUCCACUCCCCUCCAAUCAGAGCAUAGCUAAGACUUUGUGGACCAGCGGACGAGCAGCUCCAGCGGGGGAAACUCGGCGGCAGCUCAGCUCCCGGAGUACAAUCCCUUUCUCUGCCGGCGGCUCCGCUGGAGCUGCCGGGGAGCUGUCGCGGCAGUACGGAGGAGGAGACAUGGAGAAGAAAGGGAUUGU